GUGUGUGUCUGUAGCCAGCUGUCGGUCUGUACCUGCGUGUGUGUGUGUGUAGCCUGUGUGUGUGUGUGUGGCCAGUUCUGUGUGUGUGGUUCUGUCUUUGUGUGAAUUUCCACAGGCCUGAGUGUGCGCAGCCCCGAGUGUGCGUGUGUCCCACUGCGUGUGCACUUUGAUGUGUGUGUGUGUGUGUGUGUCCCCGGGCCUGGGUGUGAAUGCUGGUGUGUGUAACUUGUGUGUGUUUGUGGGCACACCCCCUCCUGGUAUGUGUGCAUCCUGAGUGCCCAGCUCUCUCUCCCCUGCUUCAGCCGCUCUCUUUCUGCAGCUGCUGCUUCACUGAGUUAUGUGCUCAGAUUUGGGUGGAAAGAUGCUGUGUGUGUGUGUGUGUGAGUGUGUGUGAGCUUCUAGGGAGGGAUGAGAGUGCCUGUGUGUGUGCCCAACGCGGGUGUGUGUGAACAUACCAGAAGACACAAGUCUCGGGGGGGGGGGUGUCUGUCACAAGUGUGCAAGGGUCGGUGAGCAGGAUGUGCAACCAGUGUUGGAGGUGGCUGCCUGAGGGCCUGUUCGGACAGGAGGGAAAUGCAGAUUGGGGGUCCCCUAGGGACACAGCUAGGGUGACUACAUCAUUAAGGAGAAGACGGUUUUGCUCCAGAAGAAGGAUAACGAGGGUUUCGGUUUCGUCCUGCGUGGAGCCAAGGACCCCCAUCGAGGAGUUCACGCCCACCCCGGCCUUCCCCGCCCUGCAGUACCUGGAGUCUGUGGAUGAGGGGGGCGUGGCCUGGCGUGCCGGCCUCCGCAUGGGGGACUUCCUGAUCGAGGUCAACGGGCAGAACGUGGUGAAGGUCGGGCACCGGCAGGUUGUGAACAUGAUUCGCCAGGGGGGCAACAACCUGAUGGUGAAGGUCGUCAUGGUAACCAGGAACCCGGAGAUGGAAGAGGCCAUGAGAAAGAAAGCGGCUCCCCAGCAGACGAAACGACUGCCCCCCCCAGCCAUCUCGCUGCGCUCCAAAUCCAUGACCUCUGAGCUGGAGGAGAUGGUGGAGAAAGUCUCCCCCUGGAAGAAGAGAAGUGAUUAUGAGCCAGCGCUGGCCACGGAGAAGAAGAGGACAGUCUAUCAGAUGGCUCUGAACAAGCUGGACGAGAUCCUGGCUGCAGCUCAGCAGACGAUCAGCGUGGGGGAGGGGCCCAGCUCCGGCGGGCUCCCCUCCCUGGGGAAGGCCCGUGGGCCCAAGGGCUACUUCACCUCCGAGUCGAACUUCGAGCCGCAUCGGAUGGGGCAGCCUGGCUACGAGCGCCCAUCGUACCUGCCACCCGGUGCCCCCCAGGGCAUCAUGCUGCGCCAGAAAUCCAUCGGCUCGGCGGAGGACGAGAAGCCCUACCUGGCUCCCCCAGCCAUGAAAUUCAGCCGCAGCUUGUCCGUCCCCGGCUCGGAGGAUAUCCCCCCGCCCCCCACCACCUCCCCUCCCGAGCCCCCUUACAGCGCCCCCCCCUCCGCCACGGGCCGCCUCACCCCUGCCGUGCGCUCCACCUUCAACCCGGCCGCCGAGGCCAAGCUGUACCCGGCCUCGCUGCACCAGGAGCCGCCCGCCUUCGAGGGCCCGGCCCGGCGUGAGAAGCUGGCCAUGUACCGCCAGGAGCUGGAGCGCGGGGCAGAGGCCGGGGCCGCCCGGGGCUGGCGUGGGCACCACCCGCACCCGGAGCUGCGUUACUACAACCUGCCGGCCCGGGCGGCCAGCGCCGCCAUGUACGUGCCGGCCAAGCCGCUGCGCCGGAAAGGCCCGCUGGUGAAGCAGACCAAGGUGGAGGACGAGCAGAGGCAGCAAGCGGCUGCCCCCCAGACUCAGCCGCCCCCGACGCCGCCCGCCCCGGCGACGCCCGCCCCCGAGAAGAACUCCAUCGCCAUCCCCACCAUCGUCAUCAAGGCCCCCUCCACCAGCAGCAGUGGGCGCAGCAGCCAGGGCAGCAGCGUGGAGACCGAGGGGCAGCCGGAGCCGGCCCCGGUGCCCGCCCUGCCCCUCCAGAACAGCAUGGACUUCACUAGCCAGUUCGGCGCAGCCCUGGUCGGGGCGGCGCGGCGGGACCGGGAGUGGCACAGCGAGGCCCGCCGCCGCUCCGCCCUCUUCCUCUCCACCGAGGCGCCGGAGGACGAGGUGCCCGAGCCGGCUCCGGCGCCCCGGCUCCGGCACUCGAAGAGCAUUGACGAGGGCAUGUUCUCGGCCGAGCCUUACCUGCAGCUGAGCUACGCCCAGCCCCUGCCUCCGGGCACCUAUUACCAGCCGCGCCCCGCCAAGGCCUACGGGGGCGCCGGGACCACCAGCGCCUUCACCACCGUCUGCUCCAGCUUCCUGCCCCAGCUCCAGCCCCGGCCGGGCGGCGGGAACGCCCCGCCCCUCAUCCACCCGCUGACGGGCAAGGUCCUCGACCCGGGCUCGCCCCUGGGUCUGGCGCUGGUGGCCCGGGAGCGGGCACUGCAGGAGUCGCACUCGCAGCAGCUGCAGCAAGGCCGGGCGGAGGCGGAGGAGCGAAGGUCCCGCCCGUCCUCGCCCCGCUUCGGGGAGGUGGCGCCGGAACCCUCCGGAGGAGGCGGCUCCAUUCUGCGCCUGUGGGGGGCGCCGGCAGGCGAGCCGCGCCCGGAGAGCCCCCGGCGCCGGGCCCCCUCCGAGCCCAAGGGCGCCCCGUGGGCGGGGGAGAAGCGGGGGGAGGAGGGGGCCGGGGGCGAGAAGCUGCACGUGCGCUUUGUGGAGAACUGCCGGCCCCGGGAGGAGAGCGAGCCGGCGCCGGCCCGGGGGGUGGAGGAGAACGGGCUGCCCCUGCUGGUCCUCCCGCCGCCGGCUCCCUCCAUCGACGUGGACGACGAGUUCCUCUUCACCGAGCCGCUGCCCCCGCCGCUGGAGUUCUCCAACAGCUUCGAGAAGCCCGACUCCCCCAAGGCGGGCCGGGAGCCCCCCGCCCCGGAGCCGGCGCCCGCCCCGCCCCCGCCCACCGCCGCCCUGGACUCCACCACCUCCAGCCUGACCUCCUACGACAGCGAGGUGGCCACCCUGACCCAGGGCGGGGCGCCCGAGCCCCGGGAGGCCCCCCACGUCAACUUCUCCUCGGUGGUGUCCUCCAUCCAGAUCCCGGCGCCCGAGCCCCCCGAGGCGGUGACCGACUCGGGCAUCGAGGAGAUUGACAGCCGGAGCAGCAGCGACCACCACCUGGAGACCAUCAGCUCCGUCUCCACCCUCUCCAGCAUGUCGGGGCUGUCCAGCGAGGGCGCGGAGCUGCUGGACAGUUACGUCACCUACCUGGACGGCCAAGCCUUCGGGGGCCCGGCGGAGAAGCCCGGCAAGCUGCGUUCCCGGCCCUUCCCCGCCCGCCGCGACCCCGCCACCCCCACCAGCUCCACCAUCUCCGUGGCGGCCUGCGCCGAGAGCGUCUUCGCCCUCACGCCCGCCCCGGCCCAGGAGCCGCCCGCCCCUCAGCGCCGCUCGCCCACCCUGCCCUGGGAGGAGGCCGGGGUGGCCAAGCCCUCGCCCGUCUCGGCCAUGAAAGCCAGCAUCAUCAGCGAGCUGAGCUCCAAGCUGCAGCAGAUGAGCGGGGUGUCGUGGGCCCGGCCCCCCGACGGCGCGGGCCCCUUCGGCGCCGACCGGCCCGGCUCCCUGCAGCGCCAAAGGCUCCCCGAGGACGCGUCGGGCCCCUCCAAGCUGCCCAGCAACCUGUUCCACAACUGGCCCAAAGCGGGGCCGGGCGCCAAGCCCCCGAAGAGCGUGGAGUUCGACAUCCGCCCGGCGCUGCGCCGCGCCCCCAGCCCCGCCACCCUGCCCAGCGAGCACAAAAUCAGCCCGGCCCCCCGCCCCUCCUCCCUGCCCAUCCUGCCCUCCGUGCCCCUCUACGGGGGCAUCUACGACCUGCGGGGCUCCCCCCCCUCCGGCCCCUGCCCCUUCCCCGACUUCCCCUCCGGCAGCCGCUCCCUCUCGCCCACCCACUUCCUGCCCCCGGCCACGGACAAGCCCUUCGGCGCCAAGCCCCUGCCCUUCUGGACCAAAUUCGACGUGGCCGACUGGCUGGAGUACCUGAAGCUGGGCGAGCACCGCGACCGCUUCCUGGACAACGAGAUUGACGGCUCCCACCUGCCCUCGCUCACCAAGGAGGAUUACAUCGACCUGGGCGUCACCCGCGUCGGGCACCGCAUGAACAUUGACCGCGCCCUCAAGCUCUUCCUGGAGAGGUGAUGAGAGAAUCCCCCGCCCCCAGGAGAGAGGGGAGCCCACCCCAGCUGCCCUGAGGACACAGAGGCCUGAAUGUAUCUGACGCCGGGAGCAAGGAGAAGCCGUGCGGCAAUGCCCCCCACCCCGAGAGAGAGGGGCCCCCAGCAAUGACCCCACCUUGGAAAGAAAGGGGCCUUGAAUCCCAUCGGGGGGCAGAGGGUGCUGGGGGGCGAGGGAGGGAACCUGGUGUAAUGGCACCACGCCGGCUUGCACCAUUGCGCGCUUGUGCGUGUUCGCUCGUGCACCAGCUUGCACUGUUGCUCACGCUUCCCCGCUCGCCUACGCACCCCCUUGCAUCAUCACUAGUGUGCGCGCUCUGUGUACCAUCCGCGGCAACGUCUCCACUCGGCUAUGCACCGGCUUGUCCAUUUGCACACUGUGAACGAGCGUACGUUGUCGCUUAUGCACGCGCGCUUGCUGCCAUCUCACACCACUGCUCGCGUGUGCACGUUCACCCGUGCACCAGCUUGCACCGUUGCUCACGUGGAUGCUCACCUGUGCACCCACCAGCAUCAUCACCAGUGUGUGCAUGCUCUAGGUACCAUCUGUUGCACAUGUACGCUCAGCCGUGCGCUAGCUUGCACAUUUGCACACUGAGAAUCAGUGUACGUUGUCGCUUGUGCAUGCACAAUUGCCGCCAUAUCCCACCGUUGCUCAUGUGGACACGUAGGUGCGCGUGGGGUUGCACCAAUGCUCGUCUGCACGUUCAGCCUCAUGACCGCUUGCACCAUUGUCCACGUACUCAGCUGCUUGAACCCUGCUUGUGCCAUCAGUCACGGGCACAUUCAGCUGCUCACUAGCUCGCAGCCUGCACUGCGCACCAGCUCGCACCAUUGCCCGCACGCACACUCGGCUGGGCACCAGCUUGCACCGUCACUCGCGUGUGUACGCUUGGAGCACUGGCUCGCACCAUGACCUGCAUGAGGGCAGUUGCCAUCGCUUGUAUGUCCACCUUCACCGUACCCUCCCCCACCAUCUUGCACACCAGCCCUCCCUCUGCCCUGCCACACGGGCUGGGUCACACUUUCUCACACACGUGUCAGGGGCUGCAUGUGCCUUGCUGGGCUGUCCGUGGAUUUGGGGCGAGCCACCCCUCCCUCAUGCUCCAAGGGGGAGGGGUGAAU